GGUUAUAAUAGUAUUUUUAUAUGAUUUUGACAAUCAUCGGAUUGAGUUAGGUCCAAUGUUCAUAUGUUCGGUGAACAUCAUGGUUCUGUCCCUGCCCAUCACGAGUCUACAUGCAUCUAUUCCAUGUGUAUAUAUAAUAUGCUUGUAAUAACUUUAUUCUUUAAUUGUAAACAUUAAUUUGGUUUGGAAUACGUAGAAGUUGUCAUAUGCUGUCUAGUUACGUACAUAUAUAUAUAUAUAAUAGAAGAAGAGAGGCUUAGCAUUUGCCAAGAAGGAAUCCAGUGUCCAUUUCAAAAGAAGCUAAACUUUCUUUCUUUCAUUUCAUUUGUAGAAGGCUUGAAUGGUUCUUGUCAUCAAAUAUUGGAUGCCCUCUCUUCUUUUUCACUCCUUUGGCUCUGCUUGGUACUAUUGUUGCAUCGGUCUUGACCCUUGAGAUUUCCCUUGUGUAUCAAUAAUAAAAAUAGUUAUUAUGUCAAUAAAGAAGGUGAAGGGUAGUAGGUUGUUGAUCAUGGUUAAUGUCCUAGGAAGUGCUGGACCGUUGAGGUUUGUUGUGAAUGAGAAUGAUAUGGUUGCUAAGGUUGUUGAUACCGCUCUGAAACAAUAUAGUCGCGAGGGAAGACUUCCUCUUCUCAGUUCUAAUGUCAAUGAUUUCCUUUUGUACUCAGCCACUGCUGGAAUGGAUGCUCUGGGAGCAUCAGACUUGAUAGGGUCACUAGGAGUGAGGAAUUUCAUUCUUUGUAAGAAGCAAAAACAGGCAAUGAUGACACAAGGAAAUGGCAAAAGGGGAUGGAAAGCUUGGCUCACUAAGUCCUUUAGCUUCAAAAUUUAUUCCCAUUAAUUUCAUCAAGCAUUUGCACUUGUGUAAUAGAUUAUAUAUAUGAAUAAAUGAUGUACACAUCAAUUUCUAAGUUACUCAAAUGAACUCACUCUGUUUGGGCUUCAUGUAGGGGUGACUGAGUCAAAUUUGGACAGGUCAUAAUGGGUUAAGAUAAUAAACAUGUCAAGAUCUAA